CCGCCCGGCCACCGCCCUGGGAGAGCCGGUUCCCCCCACCCCGUCACCUCCUGAGGGGCCGCUGGCAGCCGGGGCUGGGGGUUCGCGGUGUCGGGGCUCCCCUCCCCGCCGGGACCGGCCCUGCCCGCUCGGGAGCAGCGGCCUGCAGGGGGAAAGAGCCUCCCUUGAAAGGUCCUGUUGAUCAUGGACAGUGAAGAAAUCCCAACUUUCUCGAGUCCAAAGGAGGAAACUGCGUACUGGAAAGAGCUUUCCUUGAAGUACAAACAAAGCUUCCAGGAAGCUCGUGAAGAGCUGGCUGAGUUUCAGGAGGGGAGCAGAGAGCUGGAAGCUGAGUUGGAGGCACAGCUAGUGCAGGCUGAGCAGAGGAAUCGAGAUUUGCAAGCAGAUAACCAAAGACUGAAGUGUGAAGUGGAAACAUUAAAGGAGAAACUGGAGCACCAGCAUGUGCAAAGCUACAAGCAAGUGUCGUUGUUGGAGGAUGACCUGAGCCAGACACGGGCCAUUAAAGACCAGUUGCAUAAGUAUGUGAGGGAGCUGGAGCAGGCCAACGAUGACUUGGAACGUGCAAAGAGGGCAACAAUAGUUUCAUUGGAAGACUUUGAACAAAGGCUGAACCAAGCUAUUGAGAGAAAUGCCUUUUUAGAAAGUGAGCUGGAUGACAAGGAGUCCUUGCUAGUUUCUGUACAGAGAUUAAAGGAUGAAGCAAGAGACUUGCGGCAAGAGUUAGCAGUACGGGAGCGGCAGCAGGAGGUCACCCGGAAGUCAGCACCCAGCUCUCCAACUCUAGACUGUGAGAAGAUGGACUCAGCUGUCCAAGCAUCUCUGUCUUUGCCAGCUACCCCCGUUGGAAAAGGAUCAGAGAACAGUUUUCCUUCCCCAAAAGCUAUACCAAACGGGUUUGGUACCAGCCCCCUUACUCCUUCAGCCAGAAUAUCUGCACUCAACAUUGUGGGAGACCUGCUACGCAAAGUGGGGGCUUUAGAAUCCAAAUUAGCUGCUUGCAGGAACUUUGCCAAGGACCAGGCCUCUCGGAAGUCCUACAUCGCGGGGAGCGGCGGCGUGGGGAGCAGCAACGGCACCAAGUACCCACACCCUGGCCACACUUCCUUCUUUGACAAAGGGCGGGACAAGGUGCUGUUCCCCACCCUGGUCAUGGCUCUGUUCCUAGCUGCAGCAGUGCUGAUUUGCUUCCCCUUUUUGGUGCAUUUUCAUGUUCCUGAUGGAAGUCCCUGGCUGGGUAAGACCUCAGUGAGCUCAGCCAUGACACCAGCUUCCAGUUCUGCCCCAGCUGCUGCUGCUUGUGCAAGCCCUGCCCUGUGCCCCACUCACUGAGCCGGCUUUCAGCAAAGCAAAGCUGUGUCUUUGUCCCUGCACCGAGGGCAGGUUAGUGCUGGCAGGAUGUGCUGAGCAGCCCAGGGUGGCAGCACCAGCAGCUGAGCCUGGGGGAGGCUGCUGCCAGCAAGCUCUCACCACUGCCUUCCUGCUUGGCUUCUUC